AUGCUGUGGUUGGUGUUUUUAUUGUUUGUGAAGGUUAUUGGUGCCUUUCCGACAGAACAGUUCUUUAGUACUAGUGAAUAUGCUGCAUCGCUAGAAUUAAGACCUAUAAAAUUAGGUAAGAUUAAUUUUCUGCACACGACAGACACUCAUGGUUGGUUAGGGUCUCAUCUGCUGCAGAGAGAUUUUAACGCUGAUUGGGGCGACUUCAUAUCAUUUGUGGAAUUGUUUCGCAAGAACAGAAUAAAUAGCAAGAACCAGGAUCUAAUUGUGCUUGAUACUGGAGAUAAGCGAGAUGGCAAUGGUUUGAGCGAUGCCACUUCUUUAGUAGGUAUGAACUCGUCAGUCAUUUUUAAUGAAAUGGACUUUGACUUAUUGACAUUGGGGAACCACGAAUUGUACACUGAAGAGGCUUCAAUAUUAGAGUAUUAUGGGACAGCUCUUUCUGGUAAGUUCAAGGACAAAUAUGUUUCGAGCAAUGUCGAAUUCAUUGAUGACAAAGGUAGCAAACACGCAUUUGGUAAUAAAUAUUUGUGUUUCAAAACUACAAAUACCAAGACCAAAAUUUUAGCGCUAUCUUUUAUUUUUGAUUUUAAGAGAUAUAAUCGUAAAACAAUAGUAACACCAGCAAUACAAGAAAUAAAGAAACCUUGGUUCUCCGAUAUGGUUAAAUCAUAUACAGAAGAUGACAUAGAUAUGGUACUAGUGUUUGGUCAUAUUCCUGCUAGGGGUGAGGCUGAUGAUGAACUUCUAUCGAUACAUAAAGAACUCCGAAAGUACUACCCAAAUAUUGUCAUUCAAUAUUUUGGCGGCCAUACCCACAUUAGAGAUUUCAAGAUUAUGGAUGAUAAGUCAACAUGUCUACAAAGUGGAAAAUUCUCAGAAACUGUUGGAUUUUUAUCCAUUGAUAAUUUAGAUAGUCAAAAUGUUACUUUCUCAAGAAGAUAUUUGGAUUUUAGUAAAAGGUCAUUUAAGUUUCAUGCAGGCGUGAAGUCUUUGACCACAACGCUAGGUGAUAGCGUUUCGAAGGCAAUUUCAAAACUUAGAACGCAUUUAGGACUAAACGAAAUUAUUGGGUAUGUACCCCAUACGUUUUAUAUGUCUGCCAGACCAUUAAACUCAUCAGAGAAUAUCUAUAAUUUAUUGUCAACCAAAGUUCUCCCUCUAUUAGAAACGCCAAAAGGUUUAUUUUCACAUUCUAGGAUUAUUAUGAUAAACUCUGGUUCAGUAAGAUAUGACUUAUAUAAAGGUCCAUUUACUAAGGAUACUGAAUAUAUCGUGAUGCCUUUCCCUAACUUUUGGAAAUAUAUUAGGUUGCCACUUAAAGUAGCUAUUCAGAUUGAACCAGCGUUAAAUAACGGGCCUGUAAUCGCCCAUUUAGUACCACCUGAGGGAAGAGUUGGUAGUAAAUUGGUAGCAUCCUCUCAAAAGUGUCCUUUUGUGACUAAUCCGAAAUUAAGUGAGGGUUUUACUACAGUUGAUGAUGCAGGUUGUGAUGGGGACGAUACUCCACAUAGAUCACAAUAUUAUCAUGAUAUUCCUAACGUGGUUCAAUGCAUUCAAGUACACGAUGAGGAACCUGAUACAAUUGUGGAUUUUAUAUACUAUAGUUUUAUGGAAGACAGUGUCAUCACUGCUAUUAAUUUCAUAUUAGGGCAGCUUGAAGGAGAAGAUCACAAAAAUGUUACUAGGGGCGACACUCUUCAUUACGGUGGUAGAGCAACAAAGGAACUUUUAAAGGCAUACAUCAAAUCAAUUUAA